UAUAACGUGAAUCGGAGUCGGUGGAGGGGCGGUGUCAACCCUCUGCCGGCAGCGGGCGGAUCGCUGAGAGAGGGAAGGCUAGAAAACCAGAGAGAGAGAGGCGGAGAGAGAGGAAAACAGUUCUCCCGUGUUGAUCCCGCCAUAGUUUUUCCACUCUUCCACCACAGAUCCAUCAUCAAAUCCACCCAUUACAACCCACCUCCUCCACAGUGCGAUAGAGAGGCUGUAGGCUGCCGCUUUAUUCCUUUGCCGGGGCCGGCUGCAAAUCAAGGGAUUUCAUUUCUUCUCCCGCUGCACUGUACUCAACUGGAUUUACGGCUAAAUUCUCCGUUACCAUCUGUUUUUACACUUUUUCAAUAUUUUUGUUUGCCGCCGAGAAUUAAUAUUCACCCCGUUUUGUGUUUUUGUUUUCAAAUUUUCUUUUAGGUAUUUUUGCCCUUUCGCGUGAUUUCCACUUUCAGUUAGUGUGACAAGUGUGACAAUAUCUUGUUGCGCUAUUUGCAAAUUCAGGAAACUUUUUGCUUCUUAAAUUUUUGUUUUUCCGGGCUUUUUUUUUUUUUACUUGGACAAAUUUCCACCAUGCACAAACUAUACAUUGGGAAUCUAGGCGACAGUGUGACUGCCGAGGACUUGGGAAAAACCUUUGACGAACACAAGAUCCCAUACGCCGGGCAGUUUCUAAUGAAAAACGGCUAUGCAUUUGUGGAUUGCCCGGACGAUCAGUGGGCCAUGAAGGCAAUCGAGACGUUUUCUGGUAAGGUGGAACUUCAGGGGAAACGUAUAGAGGUCGAGCACUCCGUCCCCAAGAAGCAAAGGACCAGGAAACUGCAGAUCAGAAACAUUCCACCUCACCUGCAAUGGGAGGUGCUGGAUGGUCUGUUGGCCCAGUGUGGAACUGUAGAGAACUGUGAACAAGUGAACACAGAAAGUGAAACCGCAGUGGUUAAUGUCACAUAUGCGUCCCGGGAGCAGGCCAGGCAGGCCAUCCAGAAGCUGAACGGGUACCAGUUUGAGAACAACACCUUACGUGUUUCCUACAUUCCUGAUGAUGCCUCUGAGCUGGAGGGAGGCCAGCGGGGGCCUGAUAAUGGCCGAAGGCCUGGUUACGGGCCUCGUGGUGGGCCCCGCGGUGGGUCCCCGAGCUCCGGGAUGCCGCCCAAACCUCCGCACGCUGACAUCCCUCUGAGACUGCUGGUACCCACACAGUAUGUCGGAGCCAUCAUCGGCAAGGAGGGUGCCACCAUUCGCAACAUCACCAAGCAGACGCAGAGCAAGAUUGAUGUGCAUCGCAAGGAGAAUGCAGGUGCAGCUGAGAAGCCCAUCAGCAUCCAUUCCAUCCCUGAGGGCUGCUCCGCCGCCUGCCGCAUGAUCCUGGACAUCAUGCAACAGGAAGCUAAAGACACCAAGACUGCUGAUGAGGUUCCUCUGAAGGUUCUGGCUCACAACAACUUUGUUGGACGCUUGAUCGGGAAGGAGGGACGCAACCUGAAAAAAAUUGAGCAGGACACUGACACCAAGAUCACCAUUUCCCCUCUGCAGGACUUGACGCUGUACAAUCCAGAGAGAACCAUCACAGUUAGAGGCUCCAUUGAAGCCUGCUGUCGGGCUGAGGUGGAGAUCAUGAAGAAGGUCAGAGAGGCUUAUGAGAACGACAUUGCUGCUAUGAAUCAACAGACCCACCUGAUCCCCGGCCUCAACCUGGGCGCUUUGGGCCUCUUCCCCUCUUCCUCUAAUUUGCCCCCACCUCCCCCUGGAAAUGCUGUCGGUGGUGCCCCUUAUGGCUGCUUUGGGGCUCCAGAGCAGGAGACAGUCCAUGUAUACAUCCCAGCUCAGGCAGUGGGAGCCAUCAUUGGAAAGAAGGGACAGCACAUCAAACAGCUGAGCCGCUUUGCUGGGGCCUCCAUUAAGAUUGCCCCAGCUGAAGCUCCGGACUCUAAAAUGAGGAUGGUGAUUGUGACAGGACCGCCUGAGGCUCAGUUUAAGGCUCAGGGUAGAAUCUACGGCAAGCUGAAGGAGGAGAACUUCUUUGGCCCAAAGGAGGAGGUCAAACUGGAGACACAUAUCAAGAUGGCUGCAGCCGCUGCAGGAAGGGUCAUUGGAAAGGGAGGCAAAACGGUGAAUGAGCUGCAGAACCUGACAGCAGCUGAGGUAGUGGUCCCCAGGGAACAGACACCUGAUGAAAAUGACCAGGUCAUCGUUAAGAUCAAUGGACAUUUCUAUGCCAGCCAGCUGGCACAAAGGAAGAUCCGGGACAUCCUGACCCAGGUCAAACAGCCACAGAAAGGUGGGAUGGGCGUGGGCCCUGGCUCUCAGCCUCAGGGCUUCACAGAGAUGGGCAGUCCUAUGCAGGGACUGACUCAGGACCACCAGCCACGCAGGAAGUGAGGAUCCCCACACUCUUCUCCACCGUGGGGUACCCCUACUCGACAAAUGGACAGACAGACGGAGACACAUGCAUGGACGGAUAGACGGACAGAUACAGGAGAGCAACACACGGACCCAGCGAUAGACAGGGAGAGAUAUAAAGAGGGAGGGAGUACGCCCGAUAGCCAGAGAGAAAGAUAGGCAUUUAGAGAGCAAGAGAGGUAAAAUCAAAAGAUGAAUAAAAAAGAGGAGUACGAUUUAAAGAAACUUCAGUACUGAGACCAGAUGCCAGGCCAGAAGAGAGACUGACUGAAGAUGGAGGGAUAGAGGAAAGGUGGGCUGGAAAGAGGGAGAGAUGGUGUCAUCCCAGUGUGUCUUGGUAGGGCUGCAGUCAGCUCCUCAUCUGUUGUGACCUUAACUGAUCCUGGAUAACAUAGGUUUAACCAACAUGGGCUGCAGUAUUCAUCAUGUAAGGAUGGAGCCUUGCUGUUGUUGUUGUUUACACCUAUCCAAAGGGGUUGACACCCGCAGCAGAGGGGAGAGGCUGGCUGGACAGGUUUGUUUCCUGAGAUGCACCAGCAGGCUCUUUUUGUUUCUCUGUCUCCCUCUAAAGACCUCUCCAACCAUCUUCAGUCAGUCCUAUAUUUUAAGGGUGGUUUUUUUAAACAUAGAGAUACUAUAUGUAUAGAAAUGUUUUAUUCAGAGCUAUUAUUGAGAGAAUGCAGUGAAGCAGGGCUGGGAGAGGGAGCAUGGAAUCCGCUGCAGCGGCACAAGGGGAUAGGUUACAGGUCUGGUGCUAGCCCACCCACCUCUAGCCCCUUAGCCAGUGAGAGUCCAGAAGAGGGGCCGCAGAUGUUAACACUGCUCUUUAAAGACCUUUCCAAAAUAAUGGAAAAAGAAGAAAAUAUGAGGUUGUAAAUAUAUAAUCUUCAUGUAAACCUUAAUAGCUGCUGUGUCUGGCCAUCUGGCUUUUUAUUAAAGGGGUCUUCUAUACAUUUCCCAGUCCCUUGUCUAUGAUAUGUAGCAUAAUGAAGCAUAUAUUGAGGCCAGGAGCUGGGGAGGCAUUGAGCUCCCCCCUCUACUUUUAGCUGUGUGACGGAAGGCGCAGCAAGAGACAGUAAGAGGUGCAGAGGUCGCAGCUGGUCCUGCAGUUCUAUUGCAGCGGCUUAGCUCACACAUGUGAUAUCAUUAUAAAACAACUUUAAAAGAACAGCCAGCAGCUAUGCUAGCUGGCUAGCGGCCCGCACCUUAAAUGGCAUAUUUUAUAUAUAUUAUAUAUAUAUGAUAUGUGAGUUAGCCCGGCCCCUCAGGUGAAUGUACUAAUGGCAGCAUGUCAGAUGUGAGGUUUUGCUACAUCUGUAUGAAAUAUUCCUGCAAUGACAGACAGACAAGGUGUGUCUGAGCCUUUCUGCUCACUGCAGUGCUGGACACUCAAAGCCAGCCUUGGUCAGGAUGACUUUCUUCCCAGAAGAACAGUGGGUUCUUAGGCCAACCCUGCAUUAAAGUCAUCUUUGUUUCUUGCAAACAGGGCCUUAAUGCUUAUAGUAACAAAGGAAGUCUCAGAGGGACCUUGGCUGAGUGCAGGAACCAAAAAGGCAAAGCAUUUCAAAGUGCCUUGCCUUGAGCUCAGAGAAGGUAAAAUCAAUUUACAGGUGAGCUGCUUCCUUGUUCUCUCUCCCAGUCUGCGUAAGGCCUGUGGGCGGAGCCUCCAGACCCUGCCAUCAUAUGAUAAUGAGGGGCGGGGUCUAUGCCUGGAUGCUCUUGCCAAGAUUAGAACAGAUUAGAUAAGAAAUGAAAAGGAAAAAACCUACCUCAGGGUAAAGUUACCUCAGUAUUCCUACCUUUUAUUUGCUUGCUGGUGUUUUAUAUAAGAAGAAAAAUAGAAAAGAAAAGC